GAGAGCAUCACCUUUGCCUUUUUUUUUUUUCCCUUUCUUCCCCCUAUAAUCUCAACUUUAAAUUUCUGUUAUCCAACGGCACUGAUAAAAAUAAAUAAUAAUUCCAACAAAAUCUCUCUGCUUUUCCCUUUUCUGCUCUUAGCUUUCUUUGCAUAAGGUAGAGAGAGAGAGAGAGAGAGAGAUAUGAAUGAGCAGGCUAAAACCAUGACCAGCAGAAUUUCAAUCUUCUCUUUCUGUUCUUCUUCUUUGAGAGAAAAGAAAGGAAAAGAAAAGAGAGGAAGGGAAAAAGGAGAGGCUUAGCUUCUUCCUUGUAUCGGAAGACUCUUUCUAUCAAGAUGUUUGAUUCCUUAAGCCUAUACACACCUGAAGUUUCUCAGAUUCCCUUCACUUUUCCCUCCUUUCCUGGAAAAUCUUUUAUUGUUGGAGCGCUUAAAUCCCCUUGUCUUUGCUUCAAGUCCUUCCAAACUCAAUCCUCUGAAAGAAACUAGUUUCCCAAACAAAAACAUGGUCCCUCUCAUUGUUUUAGCAUUAUUCUCUCUUCUAAGCACCUCUUGUUCUGCUUCUUUAGUUACUGAUAUUCAUGUCUUAGUCACACUCAAAGAGGGAUUUGAGUUCCCUGAACCUCUCUUAAGCUCAUGGAAUUCUUCGAAUCCGAGUUUGGUUUGUUCUUGGGCCGGGAUAGGAUGCUCCAGGGGACGAGUUGUUUCAUUGGACUUGACAGAUAUGAAUAUGUGCGGCUCUGUUUCACCUCAGAUUUUAAGACUCGAUAGGCUAGCCAACCUCUCUCUUGCUGGCAACAACUUCACUGGCAGCAUUGAGAUCGCGAAUUUAAGCGACCUUCGAUUUCUCAACAUUUCAAACAACCAGUUCAACGGUCACCUGGAUUGGAACUAUGCAAGUAUCGCCAACCUGGAAGUAUUUGAUGCCUAUGACAACAACUUCACUGCUUUACUGCCGGUUGGGAUUCUUGGCUUGAAGAAACUCAGGUACUUGGAUCUCGGUGGCAAUUAUUUCUACGGUAAAAUCCCACCAAGCUAUGGCACACUAGGAGGAUUGGAGUACCUUUCACUGGCGGGAAAUGAUCUUAAUGGAAAAAUCCCUGGUGAGUUAGGCAACCUCAUAAACUUGAGAGAGAUUUACUUAGGGUAUUUUAAUGUUUUCGAAGGUGGUAUCCCCGUAGAGUUCGGUAAUUUGGCAAAUUUAGUUCACAUGGAUCUCUCAAGCUGUGAAUUGGAUGGUGCAAUUCCUCAAGAGCUGGGGAACUUGAAGCUGCUUGAUACUCUCUAUCUGCAUAUCAAUCUACUCUCAGGUCCCAUUCCUAAGCAGUUAGGCAACUUGACAAACUUGGUAUAUCUUGAUCUCUCCCACAAUGCGCUCACAGGAGAAAUCCCACCUGAGUUCGUCAAUCUUAAGCAGCUUAGGCUUUUCAAUCUCUUCAUGAACAGGUUACACGGAUCUAUUCCAGACUAUCUUGCCGACUUACCUAAUUUGGAAAUUCUGGGGCUCUGGAUGAACAACUUUACUGGUGUGAUACCCGAGAAUCUUGGUCGAAAUGGGAAGCUGCAAUCGCUCGAUUUGUCCUCCAACAAGCUCACCGGUACAAUUCCUCGAGACUUGUGUGCUUCAAAUCAGCUAAAUAAACUAGUUCUGAUGAAAAAUUUCCUAUUCGGAACCAUUCCUGAAGACCUGGGGAGAUGUUAUAGUCUCACCAGAGUAAGGUUGGGGCAGAACUACUUGAACGGUAGCAUCCCAAACGGCUUCAUUUACUUGCCAGAGCUAAGCUUAGCAGAGUUGCAGAACAAUUACCUGUCGGGAACAUUGGCCGAAAAUGGUAAUAGCUCCUCGAAACCUGUUAAGUUAGGCCAACUUAAUUUGUCAAACAAUCUCCUUUCCGGUCCAUUGCCAUAUUCACUCUCCAACUUCUCUUCUCUUGAAAUCCUCCUGCUUAGUGGAAACCAAUUCUCAGGUCCAAUACCACCUUCUAUAGGAGAACUCAGGCAAGUCCUGAAGCUUGAUCUCAGUAGAAAUUCACUCUCCGGUAUUAUUCCACCUGAAAUUGGAAAUUGUUUCCAUCUCACAUACAUCGAUAUUAGCCAAAACAACCUCUCUGGCUCAAUCCCACCUGAGAUUUCCAAUGUGCGUAUCCUGAAUUACUUGAAUGUAUCAAGGAACCAUUUGAAUCAAGCCAUACCCAGAACCAUUUGGUCAAUGAAAAGCCUCACCGUUGCCGACUUCUCUUUCAACGAUUUCUCCGGGAAGCUGCCAGAACCCGGCCAAUUCGCCGUCUUCAAUGCUUCAUCUUUUGCAGGCAAUCCUCAACUUUGUGGUUCUCUCCUGAAUAAUCCUUGCAAUUUCACUGAAAUUACAAGCACCCCCAGAAAGGCCCCUGGGGACUUCAAGCUAAUCUUCGCGCUAGGCCUGUUAAUAUGCUCUCUAAUAUUUGCCACUGCCGCCAUUAUCAAGGCCAAGUCGUUCAAGAAAAAUGGUUCGGAUUCUUGGAAGAUGACAGCAUUCCAAAAGCUCGAAUACACUGUUUCUGACAUUCUUGAAUGUGUUAAAGACGGCAAUGUGAUUGGAAGAGGAGGUGCAGGGAUCGUGUAUCAUGGGAAAAUGCCCAAUGGCAUGGAAAUUGCAGUCAAAAAACUACUCGGAUUGGGCACUAGCAGUCAUGAUCAUGGUUUCCGAGCAGAAAUCCAGACACUGGGAAACAUCAGGCACAGAAACAUUGUCAGAUUACUAGCAUUUUGCUCCAACAAGGAGACCAAUCUCUUGGUCUAUGAGUACAUGAGAAACGGGAGCCUAGGAGAAGCUUUACAUGGGAAAAAGGGUGCGUUCCUCGUAUGGAACUUGAGGUACAAAAUUGCAAUUGAAGCAGCUAAAGGCCUGUGCUACCUUCACCACGAUUGUUCACCUUUGAUCGUUCAUCGAGAUGUAAAAUCAAACAACAUUUUGCUAAAUUCAAGCUUCGAAGCACACGUUGCCGAUUUCGGACUGGCCAAAUUCUUGGUCGACGGCAGUGCAUCAGAGUGCAUGUCAGCUAUUGCAGGCUCCUAUGGCUACAUUGCUCCUGAAUAUGCAUACACGUUAAGAGUGGACGAGAAAAGCGAUGUCUAUAGCUUCGGAGUGGUAAUUUUAGAACUUAUAACCGGUCGACGACCUGUGGGCGAUUUCGGAGAAGGUGUAGAUAUAGUUCAUUGGGCAAAACGAGUGACAAAUUGUCGAAGAGAAGAAGUCAUGCGCAUUGUCGAUCCAAGGCUAACAACUGUGCCCAAAGACGAAGCAAUGCACUUGUUGUUCAUCGCAAUGCUAUGUGUACAAGAAAACAGCAUCGAACGUCCCACGAUGAGGGAGGUGGUUCAAAUGCUAUCAGAGUUCCCUCGUCACUCUCCCGAGUACCAAUCUUCGUCUUCUUCACUCUUUCACUAUCAACAGAAAAAUCUUGCGAACGAGACAAGUUACCCUAAAAAAUAAACAAAAUAUUUGAGUUUAAGGAAAGUGAACUCUUUUCUCUCUUUUUUUUUUCCCCUUUAUUUUAGAGUUUUUAUGGUGUUUAAAUUUGUUGUUAUAGUUUGCAAUUUGCAAAGUAUAUAUCUUUUUUUUUCCUCAUAAAUUUUUAAUUUAGAAUUUAGGAAUAGGAGAUUUGGUGAAGAAAAAUAGAAUUAUAGCAAUAAUCAGUUCAAUGCAAUCCCUUUCUAAGGGGUGCCCUACAGCUAGAGAGAGCUUUGCCACCUUUAACAUGGGGUCAUGCUUAUGCACCACCCCCUUGUACUAUAUUCUAUAUAUACAUGCUACAUUUGAUUUUGUUUUA